CAUUCAUUCACUCUAUCUUAUUCUUCCCCCUCUCCAUCAUGGCCUUCCGUGGAGAGCGUUUUGUUGUCGAUUUGGACUCUGAUCCCGAAGAUCAGUCGCGGAUUCCUUCCUCGACCCUCAACAUCCCUGGCGUUAUCGGUGAGAUCCAGGAACGCUCUCCCGCUGCUCCUCCGGCCCCUCCCACGCUCAAGUCAACGACAGGUUUCCCAGCCCAUCGUCAGCGGACCAAGCUGUCCGCAUUCAAACAGCGACAGGCGAAAUCCACAUCAGCCGCCACUGCAUCCACGCAGGUGACGACGUCUAGCGUCGAGGAUGAGAAGAAACAAAUCCAGGAACAAAAUCGCCAGCAGCUGGGAUCCAUGUCCGACGCACAGAUCCAACAAGAACGAGAGGAAUUGAUAUCGUCCCUUGAUCCAUCUUUACUCGAGAGAUUCCUCCGUAGGGCUCGUAUUGACGACGACAAUCCUGAUCCUUCCUCAUCGUCCGAAAUCCAACCUGGGGAAGGGAAUGCCACUUCUGAUGCUGCAGAUCCCCUCCCACCCCCAGAGCCUGUCACAAAACCUGCCGCAAAGCCUGUCGCAAAAUCCAUCUCGAAAUCGAAAGACUCUUCUCAUCUCGAUGAUGCUGCACCCUCCAAAAUCCCCGAAGACCUCCUUCCUGCAGCCGAAUUUCCUCUCUCGGGCUCCGUGCAUUUUCCCACUCCUCCGCCUCGAGCUACCGUCAUGCCCACACUAGACCCCUCAUCGCCGUCGUUUCUCUCCGAUCUUCAAGCACAUUACUUCCCGGACAUCUCCCAUGAUCCUUCUGCUCUCUCGUGGCUCCAACCGCCUCCGUCCGAUCCCGAUGCCCCUGGUGCCCCUCCCUCCUCCGCGUAUCAUCCCGGAAGCAGCGCCGAAGCUGUCCAUCCCUCGUCUCUACGAUUCUCUCUGAUAGGCGCUAUAUUAUCGCCCUCUACAUCGCUUUCUCUCCCUACAACCAUGGGCCUACAUCAUCACGGGAAGGACCCCCACGCCGCCGGAUACACUAUCCCAGAGCUCGCCAUACUCAGCCGCUCUUCUUUCCCCGCGCAACGUUGCAUUGCCUGGCAGGUCCUCGGCCGCAUUUUGUUUCGCCUGGGAAAGGGCCAAUUUGGGGAACGCGGUAGCACCCUUGUCCAAGGAUUAUGGUCGGUUAUUGAACGCGAGGGUGUGGUGGCCGGUAUGUUAGAGGAAGCCGAUGCGUCCAUGUCCUCCUCCUCGUCGUCUCGGCGUGGAGACCAGGAUUCUACAGCCGCAGAGCCAAGCGAACAGGAUUCGACCAUGAUGAAGAAAGGUGGCGUCGGACGUCAUGCCAGCGCUGCUGCGUGGGCUGUGGAGGGCGUCUGGUUAUGGCAGAUGGGUGGCGGCGGAGAUCGGGGGGUCCUGAAGCCGGGAGCGCAUCGAUCCGAGUAGUUCUUCUUGAUUUAUCUUUACUGGGGCCAAAAGUGGUCUUUUCUUUUCUUUGCACACCAGGAGUUCUCAGGCGCAUCUAUAUAAUGGUCCGGCUAUAUGAAGAUAAUAAUUAUUAUGAAUUAUGAUGGAAUAUACUGUGAACAUAUUGUAACUUGUCUCAAAUAUGCACGCCCCUCUACGCAUCAUAAAAUAUAACAAUAGCAUACAUACAUACACACACAAUAUAAGAAAACCACUCCUUUCAUUUCUGAAUCAACCCAAACUCCGGUAGAGUUAUAGCCUAGACAUGUUAUUCAUCUUUCUCUAACCGCCCCUUUCCUUCCUUUCUGUCUCUCUCGCUAUCCCUCCUCCCCAAUCUGCAGUCCCCAUAUCUUCCAUCGCGUCUCCUCAAUAUAAUCCCGACGCAGCCACAAUCCAUUCGAUGACGUAGAUUCUCCCUCCUGUCGUUCG